AUGCCAAAGUCAGACUCCCCAAGCAAGCUGGCCGAGAGCAUCGACGACGGCGCCAUGGACGUUUCCACACCCGUAGAGACCGCGGGCUCGAAGCCAAAGAACAAGAAAAACGUUGUAACAGUAGACAAACCAACCCCCUACACCUUUGACCUUGGCAACCUCCUCGCCAUAGACCCUAACCCCGUUCCCGCCGACGCCGACGAAGCUACCGUCACUGCUAUCGCCCGCGACGCCGCCCAAGUCCUCAUCAACCAGCUCCUUACCACCUGCGACAUCAAAUCCACAUCCGAUGGCGUGACGCUCAAUCUCCCUGCCCCGUCAACUCCCAUACCUCGCGAGAAGCCCGUCCCCGCCGCGAAACCGCCAACCACGUGGGAGAAGUUCGCCGCGAAGAAGGGCAUCAAGGACAAGAAGCGCGGCGAGGGCAAGAUGGUGUACGACGAGGCGACGGGCGAGUGGGUGCCGAAGUGGGGAUACAAGGGGAAGAACAAGGAUGGGGAUGACCAGUGGCUUGUUGAGGUGGAUGAGAAGAAGGAGAUGGAGACGGGUGUGGCGCAUAAUGCGCGGGCGGAUGGCCGAAGAGAGCGAAAAGAGAAGGUCCGCAGGAACGAGAGAAAACAAAGGGCGAAUGAGCGGAAGGCUGGCAAGGGAGGUAGUUGA